CAUGGAUGGUUGGUGCGAUAAGGUAAGCGGCGAUUCUGUGCCCCGCACCCACCAUAUUCUCCACUCAGCGGAGGAAGUAGGAGGGGCACGGCGAGACACAACCAACAGCACGGGCUGCCUAUCACCGAGUAUCGCCGCAACGGGCGAGUUCUACAGAACGCUGCUAGACCCAGUUAAAGAGCCGACGACAUUGGUCCUGCAUUACCCGCAGCGAGAGCUUAGGUGCUUAGUGAGAUUACAGCCUCAUCGUACCCUAAGGGAAAAUAACAAGAAAAUUUAAAGAGGGAAAGGCUUGCCCAGCCAAGAUGUUGAUCAAAGAGUCUCACGCCGACGUGCAGACGACGGCCAAUGGAACGGAGACUUCGAUGAGAAUCUUCCUGUUCCACCCCACGAUUCCUGGAUACCCAAACGCGCGCUUUCCCGGAGUCGUGCUGUUCAGCGAGAUUUACCAAGUCACUGGCCCUGUCGCCCGAUUCGCUCGCCAGAUCGCCGGCCAGGGGUACAUUGUCGCUGCACCGAGCAGCUACCACGACUUCAUCGGCCCCGAGCCGCUGGCCUACGAUGUCCCAGGGACCGACAAGGGAAACGACCUGAAGGUGGCCAAGACUCUCGAAUCCUACGACGAGGACUCGUACAAGACGGUCGACUACCUCCUCACGCUGCCGACAUGCACGGGACGCAUCGGCACGACAGGAAUGUGUCUCGGCGGACACCUAGCCCUACGCGCAAGCCUUUACCCGCGCAUCACCGCCUGCGUAGCGUACUUCGCCACAGACGUGCACAGCCGGACGCUGGGGCCGAACAGCGGGGCCAACACAUCCGCGGACGCGCCGGCGGGGAGCGCGCACACGCUGGACAAGCUAUCCGAGAUCCGCGGUGAGGUGGCCAUGAUCUUCGGGCUCAAGGACACGCACGUGCCGGACGCGGGGCGGGACCUGAUCCGGGCGAAGCUGCGGGCGGCGGGGGCCGUGUUCAGCUUCUACGAGUUCGCGUGGGCGCAGCACGCCUUCAUCCGCGACGAGCUCAGCAAGGGCCGCUACGACCCGGCCAUCACCAAGGCGUGCUUUGAGGUGCUGCUGGAGCUGUUUGGCCGCGUGCUCAACACGGAGCUCGGCGACCGCGACGGCACGGUCCACAAGGUUGAGCACGUCUGCUAGGCCGCUUCCCCUUUCCUAUGCCCUAUAGCAUAGACAUGGCUUCCAUAGACGCUCAAGGUUUAUGCGCCGUGUUGUGGCUGGUUGAGAACAGGACACACAAUCCCUCAUUAAACCAAAACAAGUAAAUAGGAGGUGCGAACAUGGACUACAGGCUUCUAGCGAGUCAACAGACAAGCAAGCACUGCAAAUAUAUUUAUUGUAUUGUGCAUUAGUCCGAGUCAUAUCUUAACCUACUUACGUCAAUCACCUCCAGGCUUAGCCAAGAGGACAAGCCCCUUGACCUCACGAAUGUGUACUAUGGGGGUAGCGGUAAGUAAAACCUGUACAGAUGGUAUUGACAGGAGUUUUGAAGGUACCUCUUGCCGGAAAAACCCCCCUGUGGCGAAUUCCGAGAAACCUGAACAGGGGGUUUACUUUUGCACCAUACCACAGUAGUAUCAAACUCUCAACAUUUAAC